CUCAGACCUCGCUCUGUCAUUGACCCCAGGGCAGGGACCACGGCCCGCGCGGAGGGCAGGGGCAGGGCGGAGCCGGGGUCCAGCGCGCGCUCAGGAGUGAGUCUUUGUACAGUCAGGGCUUCUGCUGGGCAGGGCCGGCUGUUAAGCUUGCUUGGCGGACACUUGGGCGUGGGGGGAGGGGGGCAGAUGGGCCUUAUAGGUGGCGUCCGUUGGUGAGAAACACCUUGCGCAGGUAAAAGGGUGGCAGCGAGAGGGAGUUCCCACCCGUUGUUUUCUUAGAGAAAUGAAGUCUUAAGUCUUAAAUAGACAACAAGGUGAGGCCGAUCGGUGUCUUUUGGACGCGCCUGGAGCCCCACCCUCCGCCAGAGGAAAAGCCCCUUGGGUGAGAGGCAGGCGCUUCACAGAAGCCGAGGAAAAGCGCCUCUCCGCGCGCGCUACCUCCUCCAGCGCAGCUCCAGCGCAGCGGGCCCAGCCUGCGCCCCUGCCGCGGCCCUCGCACCGCGGAGUCCUCCUACCCAGUCCCGGCGCCCGGCCCGCGACCUGCCCCGAGCCCUCUCCAUGGCGGCAGCCCGCCCCUCCGGCUUCCGGAGCGGAGCCCUCUGCCCGCAGCUCCUGGUGACCCUCGCGAUCUUAAUAAUUGCCAGUGAAGCCUGCAAAAAUGUAACUUUACAUGUUCCCUCCAAACUAGAUGCCAAGAAACUUGUUGGUAGAGUUAACCUGAAAGAGUGCUUUAAAUCUGCAAAUCUAAUUCAUUCAAGUGAUCCUGACUUCCACAUUUUGGAAGAUGGCUCAGUCUAUACAACAAAUACUAUUCUAUUGUCCUUGGAGAAAAGAAGUUUUACCAUAUUACUUUCCAACACUGAGAACCAAGAAGAGAAGAAAAUAUUUGUCUUUUUGGAGCAUCAAACAAAGGUUCUAAAGAAAAGACAUACUAAAGAAAAAGUUCUAAGACGUGCCAAGCGAAGAUGGGCUCCCAUUCCUUGUUCAAUGCUAGAGAACUCCUUGGGUCCUUUUCCUCUUUUCCUUCAACAGGUUCAAUCUGACACAGCACAAAACUAUACCAUAUACUAUUCUAUAAGAGGUCCUGGAGUUGACCAAGAACCUCGGAAUUUAUUUUACGUGGAAAGAGACACCGGAAACUUGUAUUGUACUCGUCCUGUAGAUCGUGAGCAGUAUGAAUCUUUUCAGCUAAUUGCCUUUGCAACAACUCCAGAUGGAUAUACUCCAGAACUUCCACUGCCCCUACUAAUCAAAAUAGAGGAUGAAAAUGAUAACUACCCAAUUUUUACAGAAGAAACUUAUACUUUUACAAUUUUGGAAAAUAGCAGAGUAGGCUCUACUGUGGGACAAGUGUGUGCCACUGACAAAGAUGAGCCUGACACGAUGCACACACGCCUGAAGUAUUCCAUCAUAGGGCAGGUGCCACCAUCACCCACCCUAUUUUCUAUGCAUCCAUCCACAGGUGUGAUCACCACGACAUCAUCUCAGCUAGACAGAGAGUUAAUUGACAAAUACCAGUUAAAAAUAAAAGUGCAAGAUAUGGAUGGUCAAUAUUUUGGUCUGCAGACAACUUCAACUUGUAUCAUUAAUAUUGGUGAUGUAAAUGACCACUUGCCAACAUUUACUCGUAUUUCUUAUGUGACAUCAGUGAAAGAAAAUACAGUUGACGUGGAAAUCUUACGAGUUACUGUUGAAGAUAAGGACUUAGUGAAUACUGCUAAUUGGAGAGCUAAUUACACCAUUUUAAAGGGCAAUGAAAAUGGAAAUUUUAAAAUUGUAACAGAUCCCAAAACCAAUGAAGGAAUUCUAUGUGUGGUUAAGCCACUGAAUUAUGAAGAAAAGCAACAGGUGAUUGUGCAAAUUGGUGUAGUUAAUGAAGCUCCAUUUUCCAGAGAGGCUAGUUCAAGAUCAGCCAUGAGCACAGCAACAGUUACUGUUAAUGUAGAAGAUGAGGAUGAGGGCCCUGAGUGUAACCCUCCAAUACAGACUGUUCGCAUAAAAGAAAAUGCAGCAGUGGGGAUAACAAGCAAUGGAUAUAAAGCCUAUGACCCAGAAACAAGAAGUAGCAGUGGCAUAAGGUAUAAGAAAUUAACUGAUCCAACAGGAUGGGUCACCGUUGAUGAAAAUACAGGAUCAAUCAAAGUUUUCAGAAGCCUGGAUAGAGAGGCAGAGACCAUCAGAAAUGGCAUAUAUAAUAUUACAAUCCUUGCAUCAGACCAAAAGGGGAGAACAUGUACGGGGACACUCGGCAUUAUACUUCAAGAUGUGAAUGAUAACGGCCCAUUCAUACCUAAACGGCAGGUGACCAUCUGCAAACCCACCAUGUCAUCUGCAGAGAUAGUUGCGGUUGAUCCUGAUGAGCCUAUCAAUGGCCCGCCCUUUGACUUUAGUCUGGAAAGUUCUACUUCAGAAGUACAGAGAAUGUGGAGACUGGAAAAAAUGAAUGAUACAGCAACACGUCUUUCCUAUCAGAAUGACCCUGCAUUUGGCAAAUAUGUAGUACCUAUAACAGUGAGAGAUAGAUUUGGCCUGUCGAGUGUCAGUUCAUUGGAUGUUACUCUGUGUGACUGCAUUACCGAAAAUGACUGCACAUUUCGUGCCGAUCCAUGGACUGGCGGUGGAGGAAUCCAACUUGGAAAGUGGGCCAUCCUUGCAAUACUGUUGGGCAUAGCAUUGCUAUUUUGCAUCCUAUUUACACUAGUCUGUGGGGCUUCUCAGACAUCCAAAUCACCAAAAGUAAUUCCUGAUGAUUUAGCCCAGCAGAACCUGAUCGUAUCAAACACUGAAGCUCCUGGAGAUGACAAAGUGUAUUCUGUGAAUGGCUUCACAACCCAAACUGUGGGUGCUUCUGCUCAAGGAAUUUGUGGCACAGUGGGUUCAGGGGUCAACAGUGGAGGUCAGACCAUCGAAAUGGUGAAAGGAGGACACCAGACCUUGGAAUCCAGCCAGAGGGCUGGGCACCAUCACACCCUGGAUUCCUGCAGGGGAGGACGUGUGGAGGUUGACAACAGCAGAUACACUUACUCGGAGUGGCACAGUUUUACUCAGCCCCGUCUCGGUGAAAAAGUGCAUCUGUGUAAUCAAGAUGAAAAUCACAAGCAUGCCCAAGACUACGUCCUGACAUAUAACUAUGAAGGAAGAGGAUCAGUGGCUGGGUCUGUAGGUUGUUGCAGUGAACAACAAGAAGAAGAUGGGCUUGAAUUUUUGGAUAAUUUGGAGCCCAAAUUUAGGACACUAGCAGAAGCAUGCAUGAAGAGAUGAGUGUGUAUUCUAAUCAGUCUACAGAAGCCAGUGGCUUUAUGACUUUUUAAAAAAUUACAAAACCAAGAAUUUUUUAAAAAAAACAGAAGAUGCUAUAUGUGGGGGGUUUUCUCUCGUUAUUUGGAUGGAAUCUCUUUGGUCAAAUGCACAUUUACAGAGAGACACUAUAAACAAGUACACAAUUUUUUUGAUUUUUAUGUAUUUUAAAAUUACUUACCUUCUAUCCAAGGCGAUCUACGGGGAAAUUAAGAAAGUCUGCCUUAUUUGUUACAUUUGGGUAUAAUGACAAUAGUCGAUCUAUAGUGCAAUAAAAUGUAAUUAAUUCAGGUCCAUAUUAUAGACUACUUGAAGCACAACCUAAUGGAACAUUGUAGAGACCUUGCUUUAACAUUAUCUCCAGUUAAUUAAUUGUUUUAUGUGGUGCUUGGAAACUGUUGUUUUCCUAAACAUCUAAAAUGUGUAGACUGCAUUCUUGCUAUUAUUUUAUUCUUGCAAUGUGACCUUUUUCAUAGCACAAAGGGAGAAUUUUAGCUAGGCAUUGACUAUUACAAUUUCAUUUUGGUUGAGUUUAGUCUUAGGUUUUAUUGUAUAUAAAAUCCUGCACUGAAUUUAUGCCUGCUCUGUUACUUUUGCCAGUGAUAUUUAAGUUUUAAGAUAUUUUCAGAAUGUGUUUUUACAUCUGCAAGUUUUUGGUCUUUAAAAUGUCCAGUAGCAUCUCUUUCUUUUUCUCUGUCUCUCUCUCCUGUUUUUUUUUUUUUUUUUAAUUUCCAUAUGGGCUAAAGAAUCCAAAUAUUUUAAAAAUCUCUCUCUUUUUGAAUUAUUUCUUUUUUGUUUUAUGUAAGUGUAUAUAUUCUUGGUUUUUCUUGAAAUCAAUGUAAUGUUAACUUUGUUGUUUCAAAUACCUUGGUGAUUGCUUCGUUAUCUCUUCAACAAGAAAGCUUUAAUUUUGCCAUUGAAACUGUAGAACUAUGUCAUGCUUUUAUUAGAAGCAAUGCUCUAUGUUAACAACAAGAAUGGUGUAAUUAGAAUUGGGAUGUGGAUAUUUAGUGUAUGACAACACAUUUACAGUUCUUUAAUUCAAGGGUACAGUUUAUAAAUGCAAAGUAGCGAUGGUUUUGAAAUAAGCUUUAAAAUACAGGGAUCUUGAAAGCUCCCUGAGAUAACUAUUUUAUAACUUAGACAAAAUGGCUUGUCACAUCUAUAUGUUUGUAAAGUUAUUUUUAAAAAAAUAUUUUAAGAUUACAAGUUUAACAAAUGUAGAAAUGGGCCAAACUAUCUAAAUUUUAAAACAGUAAGACAAAAUGAAACUUAAUAGUCCACAAAAUUCCAGUCCAGGUUUCAUCACUUAUUUUAGUCAAUGAAUUUUUUAUGUAUACUAAACAUGUGGACAUUUUAAAUGUGUUUCUAAUAUUUGUGAUUAUCUAUGAUGUGCCGGUCUUGAACUCACAAGAUUGGCUUAUAACAAUUAUUUGCAAGAUUAACAUUGGGUAAUUAUUUGAUAACCAGCUUAUUAUCUUUUCAGUAGUUUUAUUAUUGAUAAAUACAAAAUUGGCAAAAAUACUGUUUCCCAAAGUUAUUUUUAAUAAACUAUGUACAAAAUUCUCAUAUAUUACUAGUUAUCAUUAAGUAAAUUAAGCAGUUUUUAAAACUUAGUGUGAGUUUGUUAAACACAGGUCUGAUAUGAGUUUAAGGGAUUUUUGCAUUUUCUAAGUUAGAGAAGUAAGUCCCCCUUUUUAGAUUCCUGUUAUACAUUUUUUAAAAUGUAGAGUUUGUUUUGGAGAGAUUUUCGCUGCAUUGUUAUUGCCAUAUUUACAUAGUAUGACUAUUCUAAAGACUGCAGCUGGGGUAUUGGUUAAGUUGCCUGCUUUUUUUUUCUUUUGUCUCUUUUCCUUAUUUUAAAAUAGGGAAUAAUAACAGAACUUCUUUCCUAGGGCCAUUGUAAGUCACUUGAAUGAAAAAUAGUUUUGAAGCAUGAGAGUCAUUCAGCGUGGUCCACCUAAAAGGCACUCCUGGUGAUAAUAAAUGAUUUUAAACAA